GAGAAACACGUUGCGUUUGACAGGACUAAUUACGCUUGCAUCAGUCUACUCACAAAUGCUACUCGUCUGAGAGUGUGUUCUCCCACGCUGCUCCAGGAACAUUCAAUUUUCUCACGAAUUUACUGUUAUUCAGUGUUCUGCCCCACAAUUUCCAUCAAAAUGGAGAAGAAAAACGGACACACAAUGACCGAUUCGGUCUCCACCGACGACAUCUUGGAGAAGAAUGGAAAGAAGAAGAAAAGCUGUAAAGACAAGUUGAUGAGAUUUUUGAAUAGGAAUAUGUUAGUGAUAAUGACGGUGUCUGGAGUUCUAGUAGGCGUCGGCCUCGGAAUGAUGGUUCGGAAUAUGAACCUAACCCGGGCGCAGAUGACUUAUUUUGCUUUCCCCGGUGAGAUGCUUCUGAGGAUGCUGAAGAUGAUUAUCCUUCCUCUGGUCGUGUGCAGCCUGAUCUCCGGCGCCGCCAGCCUGGACACGCGCUCCCUGGGAAAACUAGGAGGCAUCGCGGUCUCCUACUUCCUGGUGACCACACUCAUCGCAUCGGGAAUUGGUGUGUCCCUCGCCUUCAUUAUCAAACCGGGAGUCGGUGCCGGGGCUCUGAACACAAAUAAUCUAGGUCUCGAGAGCGUCAAUACCAACAAGGAGACCACGGAUUCGUUUUUAGAUCUUGCAAGGAAUUUGUUCCCAGCUAACCUUGUGGCUGCAGCAUUCCGUUCUUAUGCCACUGAUUACAAGAUGGUCGCCGUGGGAAACGACACCAAUGGAACCAUCCUCUACCAGAAGGUUCCUGUGGGCACAGAACCAGAUGGUAUGAACAUCUUGGGCCUGGUUCUUUUUGCCAUGGUGUUCGGUGUGGCACUGAGGAAGCUGGGAGAGGAAGGGGAGGAGCUCAUACGCUUCUUCAACGCUUUCAAUGAAGCCACCAUGGUGCUGGUGUCCUGGAUCAUGUGGUACGUCCCGUUCGGCAUCAUGUUCCUGGUGGGUAGUAAGAUAGUGGAGAUGGAGGAUGUGGUUCUGUUGGUGACCAGUCUGGGGAAAUACAUAUUUGCCUCCGUCCUGGGUCAUAUCAUCCACGGGGGGGUCAUCCUGCCUCUCAUCUACUUUGGGUUCACACGCAAGAACCCCUUCAGCUUCCUGUCCGGCCUCAUCACGCCCUUCACCACCGCCUUCGCCACCUGCUCCAGCUCGGCGACCCUGCCCUCCAUGAUGAAGUGUGUAGAGGAGAACAACGGAGUGGACAAGCGGAUCAGUCGUUUCAUCCUUCCCAUCGGAGCCACCGUCAACAUGGACGGGGCGGCCAUCUUCCAGUGUGUCGCGGCUGUCUUCAUCGCUCAGCUCAACAACAUAGAGCUCAACGCCGGUCAGAUCUUCACCAUCCUUGUGACAGCUACAGCAUCCAGUGUGGGCGCAGCGGGCAUCCCAGCCGGGGGCAUCAUCACCAUCGCCAUCAUCCUGGAGGCUAUCGGCCUGCCCACCAAUGACCUGUCACUCAUGCUGGCCGUCGACUGGAUCGUGGACCGCACCACCACCGUAGUGAACGUGGAGGGAGACGCCCUGGGGGCAGGGAUCCUCCACCACAUCAACCAACAGGAGAUGAAGAAACAACACCUGGGGGAGGAGCUAGCGGAGGUCCUGGUGGAAGCGGUGGCCAACACCCAGGCUGACGAGGAGACCUCCCCGCUCGUCACGCACCAAACCCUGGGUUCAGCAGGCGACCAAUCCCCCAGGGAGAGCGCGGAAGCCAUUGAGUCUGUCCUGUGAACUCGUAAAACAACUGUGAAUUCUGUUGCUAUGGUUACAAUCAGUGGUGGCUGGUGGCACUUCAAUUCGGAGGACGGGCUCAUAGCGAGGGCUGGAACGAAAUGUAUUGAAUGGUAUCAAAACACAUCAAAUAUAUGCUUUUCUUUUGUGUUUGAUGUAAUUACAUUCACUCCAUUCCAGACAUUAUUAUUAGCCGUCCUCCCCUCACCAGCCCCCUCUGGUGUCUAAGGUUACGAUGCUGCUGCUGCUACUCGUGACACGACCGAGUCAACCGAAUCGUCUCUGAAUCAACUCUGAUCACCUUUACCGUACCUCUUAAAACAGUUUCAUGAGUCAUUUCACUUCUAGGAAAAAAGUGUCCGAGAUAACGUUAGUUUUAUAUUGUGGUACUUCCUAUUUGGAGUAUUCUAAAAGUGUAUUUAAAAGCCACAGGAAGGUUAGCCUCACCCUUUAGAAUGAAUCCAGGCUGCUUUCUGGUUUUGGGUGAGAGUGGUCUGAAUCUAAAAAGGGAAUCUCUCCUAACCGUGACAUGGCUGUGACCUCACAAGGCAGAUGGGAAGGAGAAUCAUUUACUAACUGACCUGGAGUUUUUUGUUUGUUUUCUGUCGAUAGUCAACACAGAACGUGAAACAUUAACCCCUCGAAUGACAAAAGUCUCUCAAAUAUUUGGGGUAAAUAUUGAGGAAGAGCCACAGUUGACUUUCUGUUUAUGUACUGGGAACCUACUGACCCAAUGGCCUACUAUGGUGCCUGUAUCUAAUAUUGGAUUUAGGACCAUAAGGAUCUGUGUUGAUAUAGUGCAGGUUCAAUUAGAGCAAAUCCUAACUUCUACUUAAAUUUGAUUUUCACUUUGUCUCAGAUUGACAUCAGUGCAGGACUACGUGGACAUCUGCCUUAAACUAGAAAUAUGGUGGUGAGCACACUCCAUUUACUAAACUGUUAAAGUGCAGAACGAGGCCAACUAUCCUUCUAUUGUUGUGAGAAUAGAUGUUGCCUCCAUCAGUGAUGUCCCAGACCCUUGCUACUAUGGUCAUUUACUGAAGAAACCAAACCAUACGUUCUUUGGAACUUUUUCUUUUUGAAUUGAGAGGAAGCACGGUCAGACGGGCUGUGUUACAAAUGGUAGCCUGUUCCCUACAUAGUGCACUUCUUUUAACCUGAGCCCAGCACCCGGUUCCCUAUAUAGUGCACUACAUUUUGCCCCAUAGGGCUCUGGUUAAAAGCAUUACAUUAUGUAAGGAAUAGAUGGCCAUUUGGGACGACACAUGGCAUUGAUAAAGGCAUGCUCUCAUUAUUGACUAGUAUUUAUCGAAAUCCUUGGACUUGUAGGAAACUGCCAAAGUUGUUAGAGCAGCCUUUUCCUGUUGCUAGAUACAUCUUAUACAGUCUAUGGGAUACGUGUAUGUUUUCCAAAUGACUAAAAUGUUCAAAUUGACAAAAUAAUUAUCAUAUUACUGCAGUGGUUCUGCUGCCACCUAGUGGUGGCGUUGUGUAGCUGUUCUGCUACCACCUAUUGGUGGCGUGCCGUAGUGGUUCUGCUGCCACCUAGUGGUGGUGUGGCGUAGUGGUUCUGCUUCCACCUAGUGGUGGUGUGGCGUAGUGGUUCUGCUGCCACCUAGUGGUGGUGUGGCAUAGUGGUUCUGCUGCCACCUAGUGGUGGCGUGGCUCAAUGUUUUGAGUUCUGACAUGAGAAUGGAGCAGGCAUUUGAUAGUACAACGUUUUAAUUUAAUUUGAUCCUAUAUGGGCCAAUGUGGCCUCGUUUAUCUAUCUGGUCAAAUGUAUUUCUUUUUUUCUUUGUAAUGAAUCACUAUUGCUGUUUGCUGGAAAUGAUUUACUCUGAUUUAUUGGGGGGAAAUUAUGUUGUACUAACUCACUAAUGUAUCAACUGUUCCACAAUUCCACUUCUACUCAGACUAAUUGUUUGUUGAAGCAGUUUUUAGAUGUUGGAAAUGGAAGGUUGUCCCUCUAGAAAGGACAAUUAUAUGUUAUUAACUGUUUUAUACAAAAUUGUAUGCACCCUGAUUUGUCAGGAUCUUUGGGAAUAUAUUGUCUCUAAACUAUAAACAUGUCCUUAAAAAUGUGAAAAGGUUGCCAAUCUGUCAUUGGACUACUGAGGCUCUACAUAGUUUGACAGUGAAUUAUGUAUUUUUUGGAAACCAGAAACUGGUUGUGAGAAGGAGCAGGGUAGCCUAGUGGUUAGAGUGUUGGACUAGUAACCGAAAGGUUGCAAGUUCGAAUCCCCGAGCUGACAAGGUACAAAUCUGUCGUUCUGCCCCUGAACAGGCAGUUAACCCACUGUUCCUAGGCUGUCAUUGAAAAUAAGAAUUUGUUCUUAACUGACUUGCCUGGUAAAAUUAAAAAAAUAAAGUUUGAAUAUUCUUUCUCUAAUUAACAUGAUCAUCUUUCAAUCGAACAACCCUUUACUUUUAUAAUGACUUUUAAAUCUUUUACCCUGAAGCUGACUGAAUUGAAAGUGUUCGUGAGAAUAUGUUGAAAUAAUCUGGAACAAUCGCAGAUAUGUACUUGAAUAAACUAUAAAGGAUUUUUUUAUUUAUUCUAAUUGUGUUAACAUUUUGCAUAAUUUGUAUUUUUGAAAUACGAUUUAGGUAUUUUCUCUCAAUUUCUAGUUGCCAAAUCUGUUCCUAACGACUUUCUCUGCUGUGGAACUACUUUUUCUUACAGCCUAAAAUAUGUAGCCUGGUCCAGCUCUGGUUGUGCUCUUGCCAACUCCAUUGCUGUAAUUGUCAAGACAAUCGGUUGGCAUGACAAUGAGUGGCAUGACAUGGUAGCACAAACAGAUCUGGCACACAGGCUAUAAAGUAUGUCCUCCAUUUUGGUUUGUGGUAUUUUGACCAACAGGAAUAACUACUUUGUUUCAUGUGCAAUGAUGAUGUCUAUCUUUGUAACACAGCUGUCUCUUUUACUUGUCUCUGUCUUUUAACGUUAAAUAUAAAUGUGUUUCACGCAACAGA